AUGGACUUCUCACUGGCCACGGCGCUCAACUCGGAGUUCAGGGAGACGCGCACCAACGAGAAGGUGGAGAUGAUGGAGCUCAACGACCGCUUCGCCAGCUACAUCGAGAAGGUUCGGCUGCUGGAGCAGCAGAACAAGGUGCUGGUGGUGGAGCUGAACCAGGCGCGGGACCAGGAGCCCUCGCGCACGGCCGACAUCUACCAGGACGAGCUGCGGGAGCUGCGGCGCCGCGUGGAGCACUUGGCCACCGCCAAGGCCAGGCUGGAGAUGGAGAGGGACAACCUGGCGGAGGACCUCGGCAGCCUCCAGCAGAAGCUGCAGGACGAGGUGACCCUGAGGCUGGAGGCCGAGAGCAACCUGGCUGCCUACAGGCAGGACGUGGACAAUGCUGCCUUGGCUCGCCUGGACCUGGAGCGGCGCGUGGGGACCCUGCAGGACGAGAUCGCCUUCCUCCACAAGGUCCACGAGGAGGAGCUGCGGGAGCUGCAGGAGCAGCUGGCCCGGCAGCGGGUGCACGUGGAGGUGGACGUGAGCAAGCCGGACCUGACGGCCGCCCUGCGCGACAUCCGCAGCCAGUACGAGGCCAUGGCCGCCAGCAAUGUCCAGGAGACCGAGGAGUGGUACAAGUCCAAGUUUGCAGAUCUGACGGACGCGGCCGCCCGACACGCCGAGGCCUUGAGGGUGGCCAAGCAGGAGGCCAACGAGUACCGGCGCCAGCUCCAGGCCCUCACCUGCGACCUGGAGGCUCUGCGGGGCUCCAAUGAGUCCCUGGAGAGGCAGCUGCGGGAGCUGGAGGAGCGCUAUGCCCUGGAGACGGCUGGCUACCAGGACACAGUGGUGCGGCUGGAGGAGGACAUCCACAGCCUCAAGCAGGAGAUGGCCCAGCACCUGCAGGACUACCAGGACUUGCUCAACGUCAAGCUGGCCCUCGACAUCGAGAUCGCCACGUACCGCAAGCUGCUGGAGGGCGAGGAGAGCAGGAUCACCAUCCCUGUGCAGAGCUUCUCCAACCUGCAGAUCCGAGGUGAGGCUACCAGCCUGGACACCAAAUCUGUGUCAGAAGCCCAUGUAAAGAGGAGCAUCGUGGUCAAAACUGUGGAGACCCGAGAUGGAGAGGUGGGAAAUUCUCAUUUGUGUCACCCACGCUCCAUCCCCACCUCCCCACAGGGUGUCCCCAAGGGACUGGCACAUGGGGCCACCAUUCCUGAGCCCCACGAGCAGCCCAGGCAGGGAGCCAGUGAUCGCUGAGAGUAUGGCAUGAUCUGGCUCUGGGUCCUGGUGGAGCUGAGGCUGGCAGC